AGAAUAUCUUAUCGUCUCGUCCCCGCGUGCCAAGCCGCAGACCCAGAACCUCUUCUCCAUUCCAAAACCCCACGCCCCUGCCACUCACAGGAGAUGGCCGGCGGUGGUAUCCUCCUCCGUACCCACGGCGGUCUCCCCCUCCUCGCCAGGGCUUCCCCCUGUCUACUCCGUCUCCGCGUUCCAGCCAACGGCCGCCGCGCCGCUUCUUCCAUUUCCGCCGCCAAGGUCGACAUCGCCGACGUCGUCAGCCAGCUCAAGUCGGGAAGCGCCCGCAGUACGGCCGACCCAACUAGACGACGAAGGAUCCCAGAGGAUGGACUCGCGUCCCCUAGGGUGGUCACGAGCAGGAGAAUGGGUGUCGACGAGGAGGAAGGGGAAGCUCUGGAAUUGGAUGCGGAGAAGAGUGGUAGCGAGGCGGGAGGUGUGGAUGGCUCAUACCUCAGCGAGACACGGUUUGAUCAAUCUGCUAUUUCUCCAUUAUCACUGAAAGGUGUCAAAGAUGCUGGAUAUGGAAGGAUGACCCAGGUGCAGGCAGCAACUCUGCCAGUAAUUCUUCAAGGCAAAGAUGUUCUUGCAAAAGCAAAGACAGGGACAGGAAAAACCGUUGCCUUUUUGCUGCCAGCCAUUGAAGUUCUCUCCAAAUUACCCAGUUCUCAGCGGAGUCAGUUGCGGUCAUCUAUAAAUUUGCUUGUGAUGUGCCCUACUAGAGAGCUCGCAAACCAAGUGGCGGUUGAGGCUAAAAAGCUUCUCAAGUAUCACCGCUCAUUGGGUGUUCAGGUUGUAAUUGGUGGCACGCGAAUAACUCAAGAGCAACGAAACAUGCAAGCUAACCCAUGUCAGAUUCUUGUUGCUACACCUGGAAGGCUGAAGGAUCAUCUUGAGAACACACCUGGUUUUUCAACCCGUCUUAAAGGCGUGAAGGUUCUUGUUCUUGAUGAAGCUGACCGCCUACUGGAUAUGGGAUUCAGAAGAGACAUUGAGAAAAUAAUGGCUGCCACUCCUAGUGACAGACAGACACUGCUGUUUUCUGCUACUGUUCCAGAAGAGGUCCGUCAAAUUUCUCAUGUAGCAAUGAAGAAGGACUACAAGUUCAUUAACACUGUUAAAGAGGGUGAUGAGGAGACACAUUCACAGGUUAGCCAGAUGUAUAUGGUUGCACCACUAGACCUACACUUUUCUAUAUUAUAUGAUGUAUUGAAGAAGCAUGUCGCAGAAGAUGCAGAGUACAAAGUGAUUAUAUUCUGUACUACUGCAAUGGUCACGAAACUUGUUGCCGAAGUUCUCUCCCAGCUGAAACUUAAUAUAAGAGAGAUCCAUUCCAGAAAGUCACAAUCAGCAAGAACGAAGGUCUCCGAUGAAUUCAGAAGGUCAAGGGGUGUGAUAUUAGUUAGUUCUGAUGUAUCUGCUCGUGGUGUUGAUUAUCCUGAUGUCACACUGGUCAUACAGGUUGGGAUUCCUGCUGGUCGAGAACAGUAUAUACAUAGAAUUGGUAGGACAGGACGGAAAGGCAAGGAAGGGCAGGGCCUCUUACUGUUGGCUCCCUGGGAAAGUCAUUUUCUUACUAGCGUUAAAGAUCUGUCAGUAUCAGAGGCUGUGACACCUUCAGUUAAUCCAAGUAUUCAAACAGAAGUGAAAGGUGCACUCAGAAGAGUAGAGAUGAAGACCAAGGAAUCAGCCUAUCAAGCAUGGUUAGGUUACUACAACUCAAACAAGACCAUUGGUGGGAACAAGUCCAGACUUGUUAAUCUUGCUGAAGAAUUCAGCCAGAGCAUGGGACUCGCAGUCCCGCCAGCCAUACCCAAACUCAUUCUUCGGAAGAUGGGUCUUGGCAAAGUUCCUGGCUUUCGAUCUACAUAACCCUGAUGCUCCGAAGUCAAGCAGGACUUGUGUGCUAGAACACACCGCGGGAUCAACCAUAAUGGUCUCGGCCUCAUAAAUUCUACUUCACCCAUACUAUGCCUCAGUGCUGCAGAUACUGAGGAUUUGCAGAUUGAUCUACCGAGGGUGGUCAGAGUUUGGACAAUCAGAACUAUCAGCACUUCCCUCUGAGUUCAGAAGUUCUCAGUUAAAGCAUGACCAAUGUAUUCUUUUUUACGCCGGUCUGCUACCCACAAGAGACGGGUUCAGACAGCCCCAUUGAUUCUUCAGGUGGAGCAACACACCAAACGACUUCUUAACCUUACCGUGAUACUCCAACCCAUUUUGAGAAAAGAUAUGAGUUUUCUCACUGUACUACAGGGAACUAGAUAGCAUAACACACCCAUGUAACUACAGUGUGUAUCGUCUAGUAGUAUCAUUUUCUCUGCCUGUUACAUGCAAUCAGGAGUGUUUUUUUUUGUCAUCGUUAUUAUACUGCUUCGUGCAGGGGCUGCGCAGAGAAGCGGAGCAAUGUGAUAUAUUAUGAACCCGUUAAAUGCAUUGCCAGCAAGACCCAUCCCA